UUAUAAUUCUUGAUUCGAAAUAGAAUAAUCAAGACGUGAGUUCUAACAUUAGACAAUUAAAAAAUGAAUUUGCUAAAAAUAUCGAAAAUUGGGAGGUGAUUUGUCAAUCCACACACUUGCUGGUGGUCCGAAGUGCAAGCAACACGAGUCCUGAUUUAUGAUGCUAUAUCAUACCCAUUAGCUGUAUAACUUACAAUAUACCAUCUCCCAUUCCGUUUGAAAACAACUAAUCUAUCAUUUGCUUUUUCUCUCCGCAUUAUACUUCUCUCUUCUCCCAUUUCCAACCCCUCCACUUCAAAAUGGGUUUUAAUCAACGCAUAUUACAAAUAUUCAAGCACAAUAAGCCAUUCACAUAUGCAGAAUUGGAUCCCUCUCAUGUAAAUUCGGAUAACGAAUAUCAAGAUGAAGAUCGACUUCUUAACCGCUUUUCUGUCGGCGAUGAGUCAUUCGAACAUACUGAAAAGGAAGAGAAUGAUACCUGCCAUAAGCAUCAUUCGUUUGUGAGGUGUCUGGGUUGGCUAAAUGGUCUUUUCUUUUGUCUGUCUUUGUACUUAUUCACAGCGGCUAUGCUUAAUUGGAAGCAAGUUCCCGGUGGAAAAGAGCGAAAUUGGGCGUUGAAGCAAGUCUCCGAAAAAUCUCCAAUUCUAGACGCAAUCGACAUUCCCCUUUCAACCUGGCGACUCAACGGCACCUUCCUAGAACGCGAAAACGAAUCCAUCUAUCGGAAACCUCCAUCCCCAGAAGUCGACGCAGCAUGGGCUCGUAUCGAGACUCAAGAUCCCGUUCCCAUAUCCCGAGAAGACCUCAUAAAUCAAGGCAAAAACCCAGAUUUGUAUGCAAAAUUUCCCGAAUCCUUCGGGUUCGGCCGCGAUGCCUUCAUCGGACGCAUCGACGUCUUCCAUCAAAUCCACUGUCUCAACCGGCUACGCAUGCAUCUCUACUGGAACGUAGAAUACUAUUACCCUAACGAACAGAUGGGGAAGUACCAUCAACUCCACGCUUCGCAUUGUGUGUAUGCCCUGCUGCAGAAUCUGAUGUGCCAGGGAAAUGUGGAUACGUAUGGACAUUAUUGGGUGGAUAUGCAGGAAAAUGCAGUGCCGGAUUUUAAUAUCAAUCAUAAGUGUAGGGACUUUGAAGCGAUACUAGAGUAUCAUGAUGAGAUUGCGGUGCCGUUGGAGAAGUUUGGGGCGUUGAGGAGACCGGUGGAUGAGCCGGUUAGACAUAUGACGCAUGAGGCGAAGGAGAUAUUUAGGUGGUUUGAUAAUCAUAAGGAUGAUGGACAGGAUGGGACGGAGAUUCUGUAAUGAAGUGGAGUGAACUGAAUUGGAAGUUUGAUGCUGUGCAAUAGUAUUGAGUUUUUAGAGUUGAAUUGCUGUGAGAACUAUGAUAAUGUGCAUCGUG